CUGAAAUAGAGCAAAUGCUCAUUUUUUUUUGAAAAUAUUUUUGUCUAAGUAUAUUAUGGUGUAGUGUUAGUUUGUGGCGAGCAAGAACAUCAAUGGCCGCCUCUUUCUCCCCAGCGAUCUCACCUGGCCUACAAUCUCGAGCUCGGUUCGCACAAUCUUCUUUAAGUGGCCCGAGCAAAGUUCGUGUUGGUGUUAGAGCUCAAACCCCAGAUUUUCCUGGACGAGCUUCAUGUAAUGGAAAUGUUGAAUUUCACAAGGGUUUGACAUUGUCCAGAAACUUUAAAGGUAAACCGACUCGUCGGCGGGUUUCCAUGAUGUGUGUAGCAACGCCACAAGUGCUUUACCGAAACCCAGAUGAAGGGACUUGGCAGUGGGUCGACUUGUGGAAUGCUCUUUACCGCGAUCGUAUUAUUUUUAUUGGUCAAGAGAUAGAUGAAGAGUUCAGCAACCAGCUAUUGGCCACAAUGCUUUAUCUUGAAAGCGUUGAUGAUUCGAGGAAACUAUAUUUGUACAUAAAUGGCCCUGGUGGUGAUCUCACACCGUGCUUGGCCAUAUAUGACACAAUGCAAUCUAUAAAAAACCCUGUUUGUACACACUGUGUGGGAUAUGCCUACCAUCUUUCUGGUUUUCUUCUUGCUGCUGGGGAGAAGGGCAAACGUUCUUCAAUGCCUCUUUCAAGAAUUGCUUUAUCGUCUCCGGGUGGUGCUGCUCGUGGGCAGGCUGCUGACAUACGCAAUGAAGCGGAUGAACUUCUCCGGAUUAGAGAUUACCUUUUUAAAGAGUUGGCUGAGAAGACAGGCCACCCUGUUGAAAAGAUCUAUUCGGACUUGAGCAGGGUGAAGCGUUUUGGUUCCCAAGAAGCUCUUGAGUAUGGUCUUAUAGACCAUAUAGUCAGGCCUUCAAGUCUCCAUGACGGGAAGAGCUCCCCGCUCCACAGUUGGUCUUGAUUACGUUUGUAUUUUUUUUNGCGACAUUUGUUUAUAUUAUGCGCUCUGCAUAUACUGUAAAUCUGCAGAUCUAUUCGGACUUGAGCAGGGUGAAGCGUUUUGGUUCCCAAGAAGCUCUUGAGUAUGGUCUUAUAGACCAUAUAGUCAGGCCUUCAAGUCUCCAUGACGGGAAGAGCUCCCCGCUCCACAGUUGGUCUUGAUUACGUUUGUAUUUUUUUUGUGUUGCAAUAUAAAGUUUGUAUUUAGAGUGUCUCUACUGACUAAAAAAAUGGUAAGGUACAACAAAUGAGAUAUUGUGUGGGGGUUCUAUUUCUGCUACAAAAAUUCACCCAUCAUUUGACCCUUGCAAAGCAGGUAUUAUG